AUGAGCACUUCAAUGAUCUUAUGUGAAAACUUAGUCUUUUCAAAUCGAAGCAGUUGUCACAAAUCGUUGUUAUAUUCACAUAAUUUGUUUAAUAUUGUUGUUCAAUUGAGUCGGGGAAGGAAGAGGUUUGGUGGGUUGAUUCCAUAUGCAAAGAAAAGUCAUUCAAGGAAGAGAAGUUGGUGGAAGAAGUUCUUUUUCGAUGAGGAUGGAAAUUGGCUUGGUUUGAGGGAUGAGGAUAUGCUUGAAGUUGAAGAGGAGGCACCGGAUAGCUCGGGCGAAGACGAGUUAUCUGAGGGUGAGAAGUUUGAAGUGUGGAAGAGGAGAGCAGAGGCAAUCAUUGAAUUGACAGAAGCCCAGGAAGAUAUGAGCAAUGAAGAGAAUAGGAGGUGGGAAGAUUGGCUUGUGGACAGGACAAAGGAUGUCAAUGGUUCAUCAUGGGUUCAAGAUUCGAGCGAUGAACUUGGGAAAUCCAGAGAAGGUGUACAACCAGGUCCUAGUGACAUGAUUCCGGAGAGAGGGUUGGUCGAAUCUGUGAGGGAUUUGGUCCUCGGAAGGGAGGAUGAUGACAUGCUAUAUGAGGAUCGUGUUGUUCGAUAUGCUUCCUUGAACUCAGCUAAAUUUUUGGCAUUGUUGGUAAUUAUACCAUGGGCCUUGGACUUGUUGGUUCAUGAUUACGUUCUCAUGCCCUUUUUGGACAGGUAUGUGAAGACUGUACCACUUGCAGCAGAGAUGCUUGACGUGAUAAAACAGCAAAAACUUGAGAUGGUUAAGGAGUUAAAACUUGAGAUGGUUAAGGAGUUAAAACUUGAGGUAGAGAUUGGUAAAUCUCCCCCUCUUUCUGACGAGGAGUUUUGGUUGGAGUUACAGCAUAAAGCGAUAGAGUUGCGCGACGAAUGGAGGUUAGAGAACCGCAGAGAAUUUGCCAAUAUAUGGUCGGAUAUGGUAUUUGGGAUAUCAUUGUUCAUUCUUUUAUACUUCAAUCAGAGUAAAGAGAAGACUGAGUCUGGGGCAUGUUCAUUCAAGAAAGAGGACUGGGAUAAGAGCUACAACGCUCUUAUCAAGAGCCUCCGGGACGACGUUGCCAAGGCAGCUGAGGAUCUAGAGGCAGAGGAGAUAGAAGCAGCAGUAGACCCGGCAGCAGAUGACGUCGUAGUCGAUCCAGCUGCCAUACACGUGGAUAUUGAUUUAAAGCAGCCUAAAGAGGACCUAGAGUAG